UGUUAAGCGGGUCGUGUCAUGUCGUGCUUAACUCGUUUUUAUUUUUUGUCAAGUUGUGUCGACCCGUUUUCGACCCGCGUCUAAUUUUUUCCCGUAAAAUUCGUGUUCGUGUUGGUGUGCCGUGUCGAAACCCAUUUUACCCCCUACUUUUAACUGAACUCUUAAUAACAGUCAAAAUUGAGGCAGCUUCUCACCCUGACUCCUCAAAACCCUAUGUCUCUUCUCUGUCAUAUCUAACCGGCGGCGUGGCUCUCGACGGUGAGAUCUCUCACCGGCAUCCGCUAUCUCUCCUUGGAGGGCUUGAUGCGCUUAAUAAUCGUGUUGUGUUCGUGUUAACUAUAAACGUCAAGCGUCAUAAACGUGACAACACAAUAACCCAAAUUGCCAGCCAUAUUGAUUUUGAUGUUUAAUGGAGAAAUAUUUGGUUCCCUUGGAACCCUUGAAUGAAGUCUCCAAACCAGUGAGGAGGCAACAAUGGAGACGAAGUCUCAUUGAAUUGAACGGUAGGUUUGAUCCAAAAUACCGACAUUCAGUGUCCGAUUUACUCAUUCAAUCCUACUCAGAGGUUGGGGCUUUCCCUCAUUUGUAUCAUCAUCUCAAUGGCACUCCUUGUCUCACGCAUAUAAACCGAGUAGCUAAUGCUGGGUAUAUUCAUGGUCAAGCGCUCAUAAAAAAGUCAGUUUUUAAGGAGGGAAUUUCAGCUUUGGACUUUGACAACAAGGGAAUAUAUUUGGUAUCUGUAACAAAAUCAGGGUGCUUAACAGUGCAUGAUUUUGAGACUCUUUAUUGCCAAAGUAAUCAAUCCUCUGAAUGUGUGGAAGAUGAAGCGAAACUCGUGCUGCACCUUACUAGACAACAACAACUUGACUGUGUCAGGUGGAACCUUGCCAACCAAGAUGAGGUGGUGUGCAGUUCAUUGAGAAGUAACAACUUGCUCGUAUUUGAUAUUGGUUACAUCACUUCUGAACCAGCCCAAGUAUUAAAAAUAAGACCUACUCUCUCCCUCCACAAUUUUAAUCUUGAUAAAGGUGUUAGUGAUAUAGCUUCUACUGCUGGUGAUUCCAGGUUGUUUGCAUCAGAUACACAUGGUGUAGUCAAUGUAUGGGACCGAAGACUUGGUGUAUUUCCAUGUCUUGAACUUACUACAAAUUCUCGCAGCACAAUUAAUAGUAUUCAACUAAAUCUGGAAAACCAGAUAAUCUAUGGAGCCAACAAGGAUGGGGUUAUUUACAUGUGGGAUCUUCGUGGAGGAAGACCAGCAUCUGCUUUUCGUAGCCAUAAAGAAAUUUGUCAUUCUCCCUUAACAUCAUUAAAGUUAUCAUCAGUGAUAAUGAAAAUUGGACUUCUGAAGGCCCAGUCUGAUAUAAUUGCUAAAGAGAUACACUCUAUUAACAUCAAUCCAUCUUGCCCGCACCAACUAGCAUUUCACCUAGAUGAUGGUUGGUCUGGUGUUUUGGACACCUUUAAUUUUGAUGUGACACAUAUUCAUUGCCCUCCUCCAGCUUGGCUAAAUGAGUCAAAUUUGGCUGAUUCAUCUUGUUUGCGAAAACCAUCAUGGCUACCUACAAAUUCAAUCUAUGCAGUGGGAUCAUCCUCUGACAUUGGCAUUUAUUUACUAGAUUUCUACCCAGACCACAGUUCUCCAAGUCAUGUGGAUUUUAAGGAGGAUGAAGGGAAUGCACCUGGAGUCACCAAGCAAAACCGGUUUGUUCCAUUGUCGGAACCUGUCACUUCAUGUGCAGUUCAUCCUCUUAAUGGUUCCAUCAUAGCUGGAACAAAGUAUUCGUCUCUGCUUAUGGUUUCCCAAAAACAACAGCCAUGUUGAGUUGAAGAUUAUUACAAAAGAAGUCGUCAAACGUCAAUUGCAGCUAGGGUCUCUUUUACAACAAACCUCAUCAAUCUUGGGGAAACAUAGCUGUGGCCUUUACAAGGAACACAAAUAUUUUGAGCCGAGGACAACUAUGCAUUGCAGAGUACAUUUAAACUGUGAAGAGCCUAGCCUGCCAUGUCCUAAGUCUAGAAUUAGAAUCAAGCGAAAGCUCUUCCAUCUGAGGCAUUUAUUUGAAAGAUGUAUAGAAAGUGAAUUUUCAUGACAGUGCUAAAUACAAGUGUAAAAUAUAAAGAGUAUUAUGUAGACAACUUGUGGAACCUGAAGAGGGUUGAUACUUGAUAUCACAAUUCAUUCCCCAUCUGUCACUGAAAAAUUUGUUCGGUUUUUAGGUAUCAUUUGCUUUUAUGGCCA